AGUUAUAGAUGUCGAAAAUUUGGGAAGAUUGUUUCCAUAUUAUUUCCAAGUCUGCUAGGAUAGAGUUGGAGAAUGAAGCUACUUUCUUCUGCAUUUUUGCUGGCUUCUACUCACUUCUGCUUCAUCUUCUUCUUGUCAUCAGUCGAAAAAUCCAGAGCUCAAAAUGCCACCACUGACCCAUCCGAAGUGAGAGCAUUGAACUCAAUCUUCCAACAAUGGGACAUACAGGCACCGCCGAAUUCCUGGAAUAUCAGCGGCGAACCAUGCACCGGAACUGCUCUGAGCCAAAACUAUUCCGUUUUCGACGAUCCUUCCAACAAUCCGGCCAUCACAUGUGAUUGCACCUUCAACGAUUCCACUACCUGUCACAUCACCAGACUAGUGAAUGAACUGAAAAUACAAGGGGUGAUGGCGGAGGAGCUUUUGGCUUUCAAAUUCUUAACCUUUCUGAAGAUCGAUCAAAAUUACUUCACCGGUCCAUUGCCGGCAUGGAUUGGAAAUUUAUCUACCUUGCAGUUGUUAUCAAUUGCUUCAAAUAAUUUCUCUGGAACACUCCCACCAGAACUUGGUAAUUUAGUCAAACUUAAACAACUUUACAUUAGCAGCUGUGGAGUUGGUGGUGAAAUUCCCUCAACAUUUGCUAACCUUGUAAACAUGCGACUCAUGUGGGCAUCAGACAAUCCUUUCACAGGCAAGAUACCCGGUUUCAUUGGCAACUGGACAAACCUUACAUCAUUGAGAUUUGAAGGGAACUCCUUUGAAGGUCCUAUACCACCCAGUUUUUCUAAAUUAACCUCUCUAAAUUCUCUGCGAAUCAAUGGUUUAUCCAAUGUGAGCUCUUCUCUUGAUUUUAUUAGAAAUUUAAAGAAUUUAACUGACUUAAUUUUAAGAAAUGCACUAAUUACUGGUAGUAUUCCAUCUGAUAUUGGAGAACUCCAAUCUUUACAAAAUCUGGAUUUGAGUUUCAAUAACUUGACAGGCCAAAUUCCAAGUGCUUUGUUCACCAUAAGUUCUCUUACAUACUUGUUUCUUGGAAAUAAUAGUCUGUCUGGUACCAUCCCUAGCCAAAAGAGUGAAAACCUAAUGAAUAUAUAUUUAUCUUACAAUUUUCUGUCUGGAAUCUUUCCCCCAUGGGUGAACACAAUCUCACAACUGAAUCUAGUAGCCAACAACUUCACAUUUGACAGUUCAAACAUAAGUCCUUUUCCAGGAUUGCAUUGCCUUCAAAGAAGCUUCCAAUGCAACAGGAACUCUCCACGCUAUUCAAAUUUCUCAAUCAAGUGUGGUGGCCCAGAGGUGACAGUUGAUCGAAUAAAAUAUGAGGCCGACAACUCCUCCCUUGGCACAGCAUCGUUUUAUGUAAUUGAUUCUGAUAAACUGGGAGUUAGCAAUGUGGGUUUGUUUUCCGACAGAAGUAGUCAAACCUAUGUGCAAAACGCCGUGGAACAAGUGAUACACACCGGCUCGCCGGAGCUUUUUAAGACCUCGAGGAUAUCCCCUGGAUCACUCAGAUACUAUGGCUUAGGCCUAGAGAAUGGACCUUAUAUGGUGAACUUGCUUUUUGCGGAAACAACCUUCAAAGAUCGAAGUACACAAACUUGGGAGAGUCUGGGAAGGCGAAUUUUUGAUAUUUAUAUUCAGGGAACCAUCGUAUUGAAGGAUUUUGACAUAUCGAAAGAGGCAGGUGGGGUUAACAAAGCGAUCACUAAGAAUUUCAACGCUACCGUGACGGAGAACUAUCUUGAAAUUCACCUAUUCUGGGCUGGUAAGGGAACAUGCUGCAUACCAGAACAAGGUUACUAUGGAUCAUCUAUUUCAGCAAUCCAUGUGGUAUCAACUUUCACACCAAAUAUAAGUGGGACUACCCCGCGUACAGCAAAAGAGAAUAGGACUCGGUUGAUUGUUGGCAUUGCAGCUCUUGUCGGAGUUGUCACCUUCACCUCGAUAUUGAUAUUUGGACUUUUCUACGUGAGAAGGAGAAAAGAUGAUGAUGACGAAGAGCUUCUUGGAAUAGCACCCAGACCAAACACCUUCAGUUAUGCUGAGUUGAGAGCUGCAACUGAUAACUUUAGUCCCUCAAAUAAGUUAGGAGAAGGGGGAUUUGGUCUGGUAUACAAGGGUAAACUUUCUGAUGGGCGGGUAGCAGCUGUGAAGCAGCUUUCAGUAGCAUCUCACCAAGGGAAGAGUCAAUUUGUUACUGAGAUUGCUACCAUAUCUGCAGUGCAACAUCGCAACCUUGUUAAACUGUACGGAUGCUGCAUUGAAGGAAAGAGACACCUCCUUGUUUAUGAGUAUCUUGAGAACAAAAGCCUUGACCAAGCACUCUUUGAAAAUAAAGCCUUGCAUCUUGAUUGGCCAACCCGGUUCAGUAUCUGCCUGGCAACGGCUCGGGGACUAGCUUAUCUUCAUGAGGAAUCAUGGCCAAGGAUCGUACACAGAGAUGUGAAGGCAAGUAACAUUUUGCUUGAUGCUGAGCUGUGUCCGAAAAUAUCUGACUUUGGAUUGGCAAAACUAUAUGAUGACAAGAAAACUCACAUCAGCACCCGUGUUGCAGGAACCAUUGGCUAUUUGGCACCAGAGUAUGCAAUGCGGGGGCACCUCACUGAGAAGGCAGAUGUUUUUGGCUUUGGUGUUGUUGCUUUGGAAAUUGUCAGUGGAAGACCAAACUCUGACAACAGCCAGGGCAAAGACAAGAUCUAUCUUCUUGAAUGGGCAUGGACUCUCUAUGAAAGCAACCAAAGUCUAGGUCUGGUGGAUCCAACCCUAGUGAAGUUUGAUGAAAAUGAAGCUUUAAGAAUGAUAAGAGUGGGACUCUUGUGUACGCAAGCAUCACCAAUGAUGCGACCACCCAUGUCAAGGGUCGUAGCUAUGCUUGCUGGGGAUAUUGAAGUGAGCCCUGUUGCCUCAAAACCAAGUUAUUUAACUGACUGGGAUUUUAUGGACGUAACAACCAGCUCCAUGGCUGAAAACACACGGUCUACUGGAUCUGAGCUGGAGCUAUCUCCAUUAAAUAUAACUGAAUUCAGUGACAUUAUUGGGGAAGGAAGGUGAGAGCUGAGAUGUUCUAUCUUGCAAGCUCCAUUUUGCUACUUUUCCUACUUAUAGCUCUGCUACAUAUUUUCUAGCUCUGUAUGUUGAUCAUUUCUCUCUGUGUGAACUGAACAAGAUGAUGAAAUAUUGGCAUCCAAUAAGGCUGCAGUGUGCUGUGUUUUUAACUUAGGAUGUCAUUCCUAUCGUGUAGUAAUAAUA